AUGGCUGAUGAUUUAAAUGAUGAUGAUUAUUUUCUUCAAGAAGAAAUUCAACCUGUAGAAGAAACAGAUAUAAAUGAUAAAAAAAUUAAAACUAAAAAAACUAACCAAAAAUCUCAAUUAAAACGAGCAAUUGGAACAUAUUCUGAGUUAGAAACAACAGUUCGUACUCAUUAUAAGAAAUCGAAAAGUCAAUAUGAACAAGAUGAACUUCUCUCCAUUUUUAAUUCAUCAUUAGCUGCUCCAACUCCAUCAACAUCGAAAUUAUCAUUUGAUGAAUAUUUAAAUGAAUUAGUUCCAACAAAUAAAUGGUCAAAACAAUCUGAAUUACCAUCAGCACCGGUUGUUUUAAUUAUUGCUCAAUCAGCAUUACGUUGUAUUGAAUUAGGAAAAAUUCUCAAGAAUUCUUCACAUAUACCAUCAAAAUUGUCAACAUUUCAUUAUUUAUUUGCAAAACAUAAAAAACUUUCGGAACAGAUUGAAUUAAUAAAUAAACCAACAACAUUUUUUAAUAUCAUUAUUGGAACACCAAAACGUGUUGAUGAUAUUCUUGAUGGUGCAACUGGAUUAAAUUUAAAACGAUUAAAAUUUGUUUUAAUUGAUUGGAAUUAUCAAAAUAUAAAACAACAACGUUUAAUUGAUUUAAAUCAAUUAAAAACAGAACUUUGUCAUUUGUUGUGUGAACAGAAAGUUUUAUUUAAACGUUUUUUAAAAGAAAAAACUCAAAUAGGACUUUUCUAA